CUCCGUCGUUGGGGGCCGUUGCCGGCGCAAUCAGGAAGGAGAAUGCUGCUGUUGCUCUAACGCGUCUGGGAAGUACGCCUGGGAACUGGCCGGCCCGCUUCGUGCCUGCGGGAACUCGGGCCGGGGGAUUCUUUGGAAACUCCAAGACGCAGAGAAAAAUGGCGCUCCCCACGUUGCCGUCCUACUGGUGCAGCCAGCAGCGCCUGAGUCAGCAGCUAGCACGACAGCGAGAGCAGGAGGCCCGGCUUCGGCAGCAGUGGGAGCAGAACAGCCGUUACUUCAGGAUGUCUGACAUCUGCAGCUCCAAGCAGGCAGAGUGGAGCUCUAAAACCUCCUACCAGCGGAGCAUGCACGCCUAUCAGCGUGAGAAGAUGAAGGAGGAGAAGAGGAAGAGUCUGGAGGUCCGGCGGGAGAAGCUCAGGCAGCUCAUGCAGGAGGAGCAGGACCUGCUGGCCAGAGAACUGGAGGAGCUGAGGCUGAGCAUGAACUUGAGGGAAAGAAGAGUCCGGGAGCAGCACAGGAAUCUGAAAUCAGCUAGAGAAGAGCAGAGGAAACUGAUUGCUGAACAACUUUUGUAUGAACACUGGAAAAAGAACAACCCGAGACUUCGAGAGAUGGAGCUGGACCUUCACCAGAAGCAUGUGGUAAACUCUUGGGAAAUGCAGAAAGAAGAAAAAAAACAGCAAGAAGCCACGGCAGAGCAAGAGAAUAAACGGUAUGAAAACCAAUACGAAAAGGCCCGAAGGGAGGCGCUGGAACGGAUGAAAGCCGAAGAGGAGAGGAGGCAGCUGGAGGACAAGCUCCAGGCCGAGGCGCUGCUGCAGCAGAUGGAGGAGCUGAAGCUGAAGGAGGUGGAGGCCACCAAACUAAAGAAGGAGCAGGAGAAUCUGCUGAAGCAGCAGUGGGAGCUGGACAGGCUGGAGGAAGAGCGGAAGCAGAUGGAAGCCUUCCGGGAGAAGGCGGAGCUGGGGCGCUUCUUGAGACAUCAGUAUAACGCCCAACUCAACAGACGCACACAGCAGAUCCAAGAGGAGCUGGAGGCAGACAGGCGGAUUCUGCAGGCCCUCCUCGAGAAGGAGGACGAGAGCCAGCGCCUCGACCUGGCCAAGCGGGAGCGGGCUGUGGCUGAUGCGGCCUGGAUGAAGCAGGCCAUUGAGGAGCAGCUGCAGUUGGAGCGGGCACGGGAGGCAGAGUUGCAGAUGCUGCUGAGGGAGGAGGCCAAGGAGAUGUGGGAAAAGAGAGAGGCAGAAUGGGCCCGAGAGCGCAGCGCACGGGACAGACUGAUGAGCGAGGUUCUGACAGGGAGGCAACAGCAGAUACAAGAGAAGAUUGAACAGAACCGACGGGCACAAGAGGAAUCCCUGAAACACAGGGAGCAACUUAUUCGAAAUCUCGAGGAGGCGAGAGAAUCUGCUCGUCGCGAGAAAGAGGAGAGUGAAGACCUGAAAUCUGCCAGGAAGCGGGAGCUGGAAGCCCAGGUUGCAGAGCGCCGGCUGCAGGCAUGGGAAGCAGACCAGCAGGAAGAGGAGGAAGAGGAGGAGUCCCGCCGGGCUGAGCAGCUCUCGGAUGCCUUGCUGCAGCAGGAGGCCAAGACCAUGGCUGAGCAGGGCUACCAGCCUAAGGUAGGGAGCCUGCCAGGCGACGGGCCACCAAUGGUGACACAGACUCCACCCAGCCCCUGCUCCGUUGGCCUGUUCAUCACCCUGCAAUGGGCUCUGCUCUCCAGCCAUCCGAGUUAUUCCUUGUUCCUCUUCUGUAUUCCUCUCUACCCUGACCAACAGGGAGCCCUCAUGCAGGGGCUGUUCCAGUCCUUGGUUGGGUCUCAAACAGCCCUUGAGUUGAUUUUGCUCUGGCCUCUGCCUACUAAGCUGCAUGCCUGUCCACCCUCUUUGGGCAAUCUAAGAAGAGCUGUGGCCGCAGUUGCUGAGAGGGGACACAGCAGUAGGCCCAGCUGGUAAGACAGCAAAGCCCAGUGAUCAGGAAACCGGUCCUCCUCCCUUCUUCUCCCCCCGGUGUGUGUAUCUUUGUUUCUCUGCCUCCCAGUGUCUUGUUUCUCGGACCUCUCUGCACGGCACCAUGGGGAGCACAGAGAAGCAAAGGCUGCCUCUCCUGCCCUGAGGAAGCUGAUGACUAAAGCACCCCUGGUGCUGGCUUGUCCCCUCUGCCUCCUUUACCCGGGGCCACCCUGGCCACCUGGUGCCUAGAGUGCACUCCCCAGGACACGUGCUACAGAAUGAGAACUGACUCCUCAUGGUCAGAUGACGCUGGAAACUGAAACGAAAUUAGAGCAGGUGCUGCAGUUUUCCAUAGGCCACUCAUGUCAUCACACACUGACUCUCAGAGCUGCAGGGAACAGCAUUUUUCCAAACCCCCGUGACCAUGAAUCAGUGAGUGUCUUGGGAUCACGGUUUCACAGACCAUAUGCAAAAAUGUUUCUUAGGGCUAGUACUUAAAAAUAAAAAGUUAUAAAGUGCUUCAUAUAUGGUUUAGGGUCAGACUUUCAGCUAUAAAUGAAACAGCCAUUUAUAUUGUUCUUUUACCUUGUAGUUAAAAGAGGCUAAUUCCCCAUGCUCCAGAUACUGCUGAUCCGAUCAGUCUUGUGUUUUCUUUCUUUUUUCAGCCUUACGGACAUCCGAAAAUUGCUUGGAACUGACUUCAUGGGUACCAUAAGCACAGAGAACAAGGGAUGCUGAGGCAUCUGAUCCCAGCCUCCAGGCAGUUUGGCAGGGCUCUGGUAUAGUCAGUGCCCAGGGCACUGUCAGAUGUCUCAGCAGUGCCUGCUCAGGUUCAUCAUUAAAAGCAUCCAGGGUUUGGGCAGACAUUAAGAUGUUGUGAGUCUGCAGCACUUGGUGAGAGGCCCUUUGAUGCCCUUCUUACCCAAGCAAGGGUCUUUGAUAGGCACGUGUUUACAGCACUGUCACAUAGUCUUGUAAUAUAUUAUCAAUAACAUCAACUCAAGGUCAAUACUAAGGAGCCACAGGUUGUGCCUGUGAUGGUGUAUGUGGUUUCCUGUUGUCUCAUCUUUGUCAGCCUCCAGUGUUGACUAGAAAUACAAGGAAAGCUUUUCAGUUUUUAAAAUUGCCAUUUAAAUUUAGUCUAUUGAAAACAAACCUAGAGGUGUUGGUGGAAUUUAUUUCAGAGUUUGUUAAUUUAACAAAUUAACGGUCCUAAGAGGAUUACAUCUUUUGUACUCUGAAAGAAACGAACUGUGAAGCCAGGCACGGUAGCUCACACCUGUAGUCCCAACACUUUGGGAGG